UCAGUUUUCCAGUAGGAUUUUAUACAACAUCAACUCUGGCCGUCUCCGCGGUGCAGCGCCAGAAAACGCUCCUGUCGACGCUUUCCGAAUAUUGAUUCCGUUAUUGUGCUUUAUCACAGCUAUGGGCACAGCUCCCAGGGAACUAGAAGUACGCAACAAUAUCCAAGCUUAAACCGGUCUUCAAAGAUAAAUCAAUAAAAGAUAAAUGAGUGAUAUCGACCAAUUAUUAGUGAAGUUCUGUGAAGUGCAGUGAAUGUGUGUCAAAGGUUCCUUGGAGUUCAGUGUUGUGGGUGAAGAAGAAUAUAACGGCAAACAUGUCGGAGUUCUUUGGACCAUGGACCGACAAGGAGGACGGCGACGAGGAGGUGGUGGAGGAGACCGUGGAGACCAUCACCACCACCACCACCAGGAAACAGAUACCUUCAAAAUCGUCAUCGACGAAGACUACCACGAUGACGACGCCUGCAAAGCUGUACGGCCGCGAGCUGUCCACUUACGACGAGGUGGAUGUCGACGAGCUGCUAGCCAAGCUGUCGCAGGAGGAACUUACAAUGCUGGCCAAGGAGGUUGAUCCAGAUGACAACUUCCUGCCACCAUCACAACGCAACAAUUAUGACUGCGAGAAGGAUCCCACGGGGCCCCUGAACCGCAAGAAGCUGAUAGAACAUAUCAACAAACAGGCCUUGGAGACACCAGACCGGCCGGAGAUCAAGCCUUAUGUCGCUGGAGUCGUACGGGGGAAGAAGUGGAUCCCGCCGGCGGUGCCGGAGAAGGUCCGCGACGCGGAGGAGCAGAUCUCCAUCGACCUGGGCGACGAGUACGAGCGAGCACUCACCGACGCCAGCCAGGAGGAGAUCAUCGACCUCGCCGCCAUCUUGGGUUUCCACUCGAUGAUGAACCAGGACCAGUACCACGCGUCGCUGCUCAACAAGGGACAGCCCGUCGGCCUCGGCUGGGACGGCAUCACUAAAGCCACCAAACCUAAGGUGUACCCCAUGGACCCCCCCAACGACACAGACCCGGACGACACCAUCACGCGGGUACAACAGAACGACCAGAAGCUCACUGAUCUCAAUUGGAAUAAUAUUAAGAACAUAAGCGACGAGAAAUUCGAGAAGCUAUUCACGGCUCUAAAGACCAACACCCACCUGGAAGUACUAUCGCUCGUGAACGUGGGCCUGUCCGACCGCACCGCCGCCAUCCUGGCCGCCGCACUCGAGCACAACUCCUCGCUGCGGGUGCUCAACGUCGAGACCAACUUCAUCUCCCCGGCCGGAGUGCUGCAGCUAGUGGCGGCGCUGCUGCAUACCAACACUAUUGAGGAGUUCCGGGCUUCCAACCAGCGUUCGCAAGUGCUGGGCAACAAGAUCGAGAUGGAGAUCACCGGCCUGGUGGAGCGCAACCCGACGCUGCUGCGCCUCGGCCUGCACCUCGAGUACAGCGACGCCCGCCACCGCGUCGCCUCGCAUCUGCAGCGGAACAUCGACAGAAAUUGUCGCGUGCUGAAGCGCGCCAGUGUUUCCCUGAGCACGCGGCGACCACGCGGCCGCCCGCCCGCCGUCGGCAUCGACUCCAGCUUCUUCAACAUGACGCCGCCCAGCGCAGAGGCCGUCACACCCAUCGCUGAAGAACCCAAACCUAUCAUCUCUGAAACCGUAGAGACCUCACUCACGGUCAAAACAAAGGCCCAACCAGACGAUGACAGACCCACUUCAAUAACUAUAGGCGACGGCCCGCUAGAACUUGAUAAACCUGUCACAAAUGGCAUACAAACACCAGCCACGCCCGAACCAGUGACUGAAGCGGAAAAACCGGUAACUACCGACGCAGAAAAACCGGUGAUUACCGAUAAUGUGCAACCGGUUCCUACCGAAAACCGGCUUGAACCAGCUCCGGUUACAGAGGAAGGAAAAGAUGAGAAUGCUGAUAAAGUGGAAGUUCCGACAGGAGAGCAAGCGGACAGAUUUGUGAUGGCGGCGCCGCCCGACAUUAACCCCAACCCGCACUCCAGUGAGGGGAACGUAGAACAGACCGAUAAUAUGUAGAAAUGGCCGCAAAAAAAUUGUACGCCAGCAGCGACGGAGCCAGAACAGCGCCUAGAGCCUUGAACUGUCGCAAGUGGCGGUCGCGUCCGUCGGCUGACACAGUUCACGCGCAGCCGCAGCUACGUGGUCGGCUGGAUCCCCUGACCAGCCGCGGCCUGGCACCGCACGCAAACACAUGUGAUUGGGUAUUUUGUUUACACACGAACACACUUGACCAUGCUGGAGUUAUGGCCCAGGUUCGCCCUCAACAUAACCGUUACUUUUUUUUCUUAAAACAAGACUUAAUGUUGAACUUGAACGUGAAAGUUGUGUUAAGAAAACUGAUGGUUAUGUUGUCAGUAAACUUGGACCUUAGGCCAAAGUUUACCUACAACAUAACGUCAGUUUUUCUUAAAACAACCUUUUACUUUGUUUGAUAUUGAAAAUAUUCAUCGUAAACUGUUGUGUUAAGAAAACUGACGUAUAUGUUGUCAGUGAACUUGGGCCUUAUUGGUCUGUGCAAUGGAGGUUUAAUUUACAAAAUUGUCUAUCGCGCAGACCAUUGGCAUACUUCCGAUUGGUCGAGUUUUUUCGAACGUUUUGUACCUUUUAAGUGUCCGUAGUCCAUGCUUUUUUAAUCAAUCCAAGGUACUUGUUGAACAACCAAUUUUUGGUCAUAGAAAAUCUAUUUCGUGCAUAGCUUUCUGUUUACAAAUCGAGUUUGCAGGAAAUGAGUUUUUGUGCCCAAUGGUCAUUUAAUGGGAAUUGUUUAUUUAACAGGUCAUCUAUGUAGUUAAAAAAGCAUGGAGUAUCACUUUUAUCAUAAAAUGUGUAACUGAUAUUAUUUGUGUGACAUUUUUAAACUCGAACAUCUGUUUUUGUGAAAUUCGAAAUUGUGUAAAUGUAUUGGCACUAGUAUGGAUCUUUGUAACGUUUUUGUAGUAGCUUUAACUAUGCUGAGGUGCUUUAUUGUUGUAUAAUUAUAAGUACGACAAUAUUUACAUUUAACUUACUAUUUAAGAUCUUUUAAACACCACUUUCUAAGUCAAUACCACUUAAAGCUUAUAUAAAAGUAGCCAGUCGCCUAAACACAAUUGUCUUGUUAUCCAAAAUACGCAAUCACAACGAACUCGUGCGAACUGAGUGAAUGAUGCACUUGAAGACGAAUGUUUUGUGCAAACAAGAAUUGAUAUUCUAUCAAAGUUUAAAUUCCUUGUAAAACAACUGACAAAUAUGUGUAACACCACUAGUUCGAUGCAGGCACAUCACUAGUCCAAAAUAUAUUUGAUAAAAUCACAAUUCUUGUAUAAAGUGUGAAUGAUGGACGUUUUACUAUUAAUUCUUACUAUAGUGUGCUAAUGAAUUCGUAUUAAUUUUAUUAUGAUAUUAAAUUGUAAUAUAUUUUAUAGAUGUGCACAUUCCAUUAAUGCGAAACAUGCUUCUCUUUAUCGACGCUUUUUAGUGUUUAACAAACUUAUUUAAAACUAAAGUAGUACAUAAAUUUAAUGAAUAUUACCAUUUACGAUAUUAUUUGGGGUAGUCAGUGUAGUUGUAACUUUGUCUAGUAAUUCCUGCUGAUAUUGUAAGCUGCAUAACUACCUCGACGAGUGCCGCAGGUAACUUGCGCCAUUUAAAGUUCCUUCGUGUGUUAUAUUUGUUGACUAUUUAUUUUUCUGACUAAUAAGUCACAUUAAUGGAAUAUAAUAUGACAACUCAAAUUAAAUAACAUUUUGAAAAUGACUGAUUAAUUGCGACUUGCCAACUUUGAUUUUAGGGAUAAUGAAUUAAAAACAAAUUCAUAUAGAGAAGCCAUGUUCUGCGUCAAUGGAGGGUAACUUUUAAUAUUUCAAUAAAGCACUGGGUUUGGUUCGCAGUGUCUCGUAGACUCGAUGUAAGCCUUCGAUGGAAUUUUGUAAUUUUGGUAUUCGAUUGUAGCGAAGCGCGAAUAGCAAUGUACUGAGGCUUUGAUGAAUAGCUUUUAUAACGUAACCUUUUGCUUUCUUGAAACAACAAAAAAAAAUGCUUAAAAAUGUAACUUUAUGUAUAUUUAGUGAAUCUACUGGGGAACUAAGUGUCCAUAACAUUGUGAUACAGACAUCAUAUUUUUUCCAUUAAAAAUCAGCUUCGAUUUUUUUUCGUCUGUUAGUUUCAAUAAGAGAGAUUAUUUGUAUAUGAUUUUAGAUUUUUAAAAUGUAAUAUUCUUUUAUUGUGACGAUUUAUGAAAAAAAUUAAAUUAAUAUAAAUCAUAAUUUAAUUGUAAUGUUAGUUUUAUUUAUGUUGAUAUAUUACGGUUCAGGAGCAUUUUGAUCCAACGAAAUACCUUGACUAGUAGAGUCGCAGUUCUGUAGUUUGUGACAACUGUAAAAAAUAUUAAUAAAGUACAUAAACAUUA